GAUUUCAUUUCAUUUCUAUUUUGUGUGUUUCUACAGUAACAAAGAAUAAAUAAAAUUCCAAAGCAAAACCCACAACAAAGUCUUACUAUGCUAUGCUAUGCUCUCUAAUCCGUCUGCGCCGUUACGCUUCACACUCUCUACUCCCUCUCCGUCUCUUCUCUCCGAUUAACCGUUUCUCCUCCGUGGCCGCCGCCAUGGUUGCCCACGCCAAAGACGACGCGUACCUGAACGCGGUGAUUCCGAAGCGCAUCCAGUUGUUCGAGACUAUUCUGGCCGAGCAACGCACCCAGCGCCUCUCUCUCUCCUCGGAUCCCAUCAAGGUCACUCUCCCCAACGGCAACGUUAAGGAAGCGAAGAAGUGGCUCACAACUCCUCUUGAUAUCGCUUGCGAAAUCUCUAAGAAUUUAGCUGCUAACGCUCUCAUUGCCAGAGUCAAUGGCGUGCUUUGGGACAUGACUCGCCCGCUAGAGGAGGAUUGCCAGCUACAGAUCUUCAAGUUCGAAGACGACGAAGGCCGCGACACUUUCUGGCACUCUAGCGCUCACAUUCUCGGCGAGUCUCUUGAGACGGAGUAUGGAUGCAAGCUCUGCAUUGGGCCCUGCACUACCAGAGGAGAGGGGUUCUAUUAUGAUGCAUUUUACGGUGACUUGAGUCUCAAUGACGAUCACUUUAAACAAAUCGAGGCUGUUGCAUUGAAGGCUGUCGCGGAAAAGCAACCCUUUGAGCGCAUUGAAGUUACUCGUGAUCAGGCACUUGAGAUGUUUUCGGAUAAUAAGUUUAAGGUUGAGAUUAUAAAUGAUUUGCCUGCUGACAAAACUAUCACGGUAUACAGAUGUGGUCCCCUGGUUGAUUUAUGUCGUGGACCACAUAUACCUAAUACAUCCUUUGUGAAAGCAAUUGCAUGCUUAAAGGCUUCAUCAGCAUAUUGGAGGGGUGACAAAAAUCGGGAAAGUUUACAAAGAGUUUAUGGCAUAUCUUAUCCCGAUCAAAAGAGUUUAAAGGAAUAUUUGCUUCGGCUGGAGGAGGCUAAAAAGUAUGAUCACAGGAUUUUGGGUGUUAAGCAGGAACUUAUUCUUCAUCAUGAAUGGAGCCCAGGAAGCUGGUUUUUUCUUCCACAUGGUGCUCGAAUCUACAACAAGCUCAUGGAGUUCAUUCGAAAUCAGUACAGAGACAGGGGGUAUCAAGAGGUCAUAUCUCCAAAUGUAUUUAACAUGGAUCUGUGGGUGCAAUCUGGUCAUGCUGCAAAUUAUAGAGAGGAUAUGUUUAUCUUAGAGAUUGACAAACAAGAGUUUGGGUUGAAACCUAUGAAUUGCCCAGGGCACUGCUUGAUGUUUAAGCACAGGGUUCGAUCUUAUAGAGAACUCCCUCUUCGUCUUGCUGACUUUGGGGUUUUACAUCGGAAUGAAGCUAGUGGUGCCUUGAGUGGAUUAACCCGUGUUAGGAGAUUUCAGCAGGAUGAUGCUCAUAUUUUCUGCAGGGAGUCCCAGAUAAAGGAUGAAGUGAGAAAUGCCUUGAAUUUCAUCAAUUAUGUGAAUGACAUAUUUGGGUUCACAUAUGAGCUGAAACUUUCAACGAGGCCAGAGAAAUAUUUAGGAGAUUUUGCUACUUGGGAGAAGGCUGAAAGUGCUCUUAAAGAAGCUUUAGAUGAUUUUGGCAAGCCUUGGCAGCUGAAUGAAGGGGAUGGUGCAUUCUACGGACCAAAGAUAGACAUAAGUGUAUCUGAUGCAUUGAGUAGGAAAUUUCAGUGUGCAACUUUGCAGCUUGAUUUCCAGCUUCCUGAUCGGUUUAAGUUGGAAUACUCAGCUGAGGAUGAAGCCAAAAUUGAGAGACCUGUAAUGAUACAUAGAGCCAUUCUAGGAUCUGUUGAGCGCAUGUUUGCCAUACUUUUAGAGCACUACAAGGGUAAAUGGCCCUUCUGGCUCAGUCCUCGUCAAGCGAUUGUAUGCCCUGUGUCAGAGAAAUCACAAUCUUAUGCAUUACAGGUGCGAGAUCAAAUCCACCAAGCAGGGUAUCAUGUUGAUGCUGAUACAACUGAUAGGAAGAUUCAGAAGAAGGUGCGAGAAGCACAGUUGGCACAAUACAAUUACAUCUUGGUUGUUGGAGAGGAGGAAGCUAAUACAGGACAGGUGAGUGUACGAGUUAGAGACAAGGCGGAUCACAACGUUAUGAGUAUUGAGAAUCUACUCAAACAUUUCAGAGACGAAAUUGCAGCUUUCCACUGAUACUCUGCUUGUGAGAACAGUUGAUUUCAGCCCAGAUAUCUGAGUUGUACUCAUUUGUCUGCAUUUAUUUAUAUUACCAACCCAACAAGUUAUUGUUAUUUAUGAAUGAUUUGAGUGAUCUCUGUAUUUCAUUUCUGUCGCGACUAAUAUAAUGUGAAUUUUGGU